GCCAUGAGCAUCCACGUGUGACAAAAUAUUUAACGGGCCAUAGGUGAAUUACGUGGAUGCAAAAAUAUCCACCCCUUUUGUCUUCUUCACAACCCCCAUGCACUAUAUAACUCUACCAUGCAAUUCAUUACUCCACCAACCAACUAUCAAAGCUUUUGCACUUUGUGUUUCAAAUUAAUUAAACCCAUCUUCUCUCUCUCUCUCUCUCUCUCUCUCACACACACACCAAAAAUGGCUGCAUCUUGCUAUGGAAUGUCUGCAAUUUCAUGUGUUGCUACAAGGGGUGGCCAGAGCCAGCUGCUUGGAGCUUCUAACUUGAAGAGAGAUCUCAAGUUUAGAGUCAGAAGCUCUGCUGAGAAAGAUGAGACCAAAGAGCCGUCCAUGGCCCCUCCCAUUCCCAGCCCCAAACCAAUCACUCCCAAGCCUAAGGUGAGCACCGACUUCUUCGACGUGUUGGCCUUCAGCGGGCCGGCGCCGGAGCGGAUCAACGGGCGGCUGGCGAUGACCGGAUUCGUGGCGGCGAUCGCGGUGGAGCUGGCCAGCGGGAGGGACAUCUUCUCGCAGGUGCAGAACGGCGGCUUCUCGUGGUUCCUCUUCACCAGCGCCCUGCUGUCGGUGGCCUCCCUCGUCCCGUUGUUCAGCGGCCAGACGCCGGAGUCCAAAGCCGGCGCCGUCAUGACCUCCGACGCCGAGCUCUGGAACGGGAGGUUCGCCAUGCUCGGCCUCAUCGCUUUGGCCCUCACCGAGUAUGUCAAAGGUGGCGCCCUAGUGUCCCUCUAAGCCAUACAAGACUGCAAAAAUUUCGAGAUGUCUAUUUUUUUUUUAAUUAAAUGAUGCUAUUGCUACUAAUAUGUAGCAAAUUUAUGACAAUCUUGUUUUGUAUAUACUUUUUAUGUAAUAUGAAUUGGAAUUUCCUGAACUA